AUGGAGAAGAUUGAGCGCAAUAUUCCAGAACGCUAUGAGCUUGGUUCACGACAAGUUCUGGAAAGGUCCGUGGGAAAAGCCAGACGCUUACAGCUACUGUUCGUUCCGAAGAACCUGGAGAAUAUCCUCAAAUGCUUGUCGGAGAGGGUCAAAGGUGUCAUUUACGACAACGACUCCAUACAUUCCCAGGAUGACAAGAGCGAAGUGUUGGUGAUAAUCGGGAAAAGUUUUUCGGACAAAGAAAUCACGUGUUUCACACAUAUUACACGUGUUGCGACCAUGGCUAGACAGCUCGAGAUCGAUGGACGUAAAUCUCGCCGUUGA